AAAUAGAACGGCCCAAACGCUUCACCAUCGUUGUUCCGCUACUGUCUCAUUUUUCCUUGUCUUUUCGGAAUCGAAAUUCGGUUGCAAUUUCAGUUGCAGUUCUCAAAACUUGAAGCCAUGGACGAAAAUGCGGAUCCUCCUGUCCGGAUUAUGAACUUCGUCUCCGAAGAGCAAUUGGUUGAAGCCAAAAAAGCAAGAGGUGAACGAGUUGAGGACGGUACUGCCCAGAGGGAUAGACCUCUCUUCGAGAUUCUAAAGGAGAAUAAGGACAAAAAGGAUGCAGAAUUUAAUGAAAGGUUCAAGCACAGACCACCUAAAGCUUUAGACGAAGAUGAGACUGAGUUUCUAGAUAGUUAUGAAGCGUCGAGAAGGGAGUAUGAACGACAAGUGGCAGAUGCAGAAGCUCAACAAAUCCGAAGCUUUCAAGCAGCGGUGGCAGCACAGUCCAACAUCGUGCAUGAAGUUAAGGAAAAAAACCCUUUACCUGUUGUCCAGGAACAAAAGUCUGCCGGAAAGAGGAAUCCAGCCUCUCGGCCCUUAGGCAUGAUUAUAAAAGUCAAGCACCAAGCUAAAAAAGCCAAGGUGGAUGAAGGAAAUUCUGGGGAAAUUUCAAAAGCAGGAAGCACUCCUGUGAAUGAUGAGAGUAAGUCAUUAGAAUCAGUUCAGUCAUUAAAUGGUGAAGCUGAUAAGUCGCGUGGAGUUGCCCUAACUGGCCUAGUUUCAUACAGUGACGAGAGUGAUGAUGACUUGUAGUUUGAUAUAUAUUAAUUUUGACAAGUUUCAUGAUUUCCCUAACUUUUUUUCAUGGGGCCUUUAUUUUCCUUUUUAUA